AUGGCAGGGGCUGGCUGGGCACCGCCACACCUGGAUGAGUUCAUCCUGACCGAGAGGCUGGGCAGUGGCACCUAUGCUACUGUUUACAAAGCCUACAGGAAGAAGAAUGCCCGGGAAGUGGUGGCCAUCAAGUGCGUGAACAAGAGGAGCCUGAACCGGGCGUCGGUGGAGAACUUGCUGACAGAGAUCGAGAUCCUGAAGACCAUCCGCCACCCACACAUCGUGGAGCUGAAGGACUUCCAGUGGGACAGUGACAACAUUUACCUCAUCAUGGAGUUCUGCGCGGGGGGGGACCUGUCCCAUUUCAUCCGGACGCGGAAGAUACUCCCGGAGAAGGUGGCACGGCUCUUUCUGCAGCAAAUGGCAUGUGCCCUGAAGUUCCUUCAUGACAGGAAUAUCUCCCACCUGGACUUGAAGCCUCAGAACAUUCUCCUCAGCUCUGUGGAGAAUCCUCAUCUCAAACUGGCAGAUUUUGGCUUUGCGCAGUACAUGUCUCCGUGGGACGAGAAGCACGUGCUCAGGGGAUCCCCGCUCUACAUGGCCCCCGAGAUGGUGUGCCAACGGCAGUAUGACGCCCGUGUGGACCUGUGGUCCGUGGGGGUCAUUCUUUACGAGGCGCUGUUUGGGAGGCCGCCUUUUUUCUCCAAAUCAUUUGCCGAGCUGGAGGAGAAAAUCCGCAGCAACCGGGUGAUCGAGCUGCCGAGCCGGCCCCGGCUUUCCCAGGAGUGCCGGGAUCUCUUGCAGCGCCUCCUGGAAAGGGACCCGCUGCAGCGCAUCUCUUUCGAGGAGUUCUUCGCCCACCCCUUCGUGGAUAUGGAGCACAUGCCCAGCGCAGAGAGCCUACGCAAAGCGACCGCCCUGGUAGUGGAAGCUGUAAAGAAGGAUCAGCAGGGAGACCCCUCGGCCGCCCUCUCUCUCUACUGCAAGGCCCUGGAGUUUUUUGUCCCUGCCCUGCACUAUGAAACUGAUGUUCGCAGGAAGGAAGCGAUCCGGUCAAAGGUGGGUCAGUACAUCUCGCGAGCGGAGGAACUAAAGACGCUGGUGACAUCCAACAACAAGACCCUCCUGCAGCAGGGCAACCCCGCCAGGGACAUCCUCAAAGAGAUGUCCAGGGACAAGCCCCGCCUGUAUGCCGCGCUGGAGGUGGCAUCUGCAGCCAUCACUAAGGAGGAGGAGGGCAAGGAUGACUCUGACACACUUGAUCUCUACCAGCAGAGUCUGGGGGAGCUGCUGCUUAUGUUAGCUGCAGAGCCUGUGGGCAGGAGACGGGAGCUGCUUCACUCUGAGAUUCAGACUCUGAUGGGCCGGGCUGAGUACCUGAAAGAGCAGAUCAAGAUGAGGGACGCGCAAUCCAUGGGCAAGGAGAUGCUGUCGGAGUCUGUCCGGAGCUCCUGUACUCUGCAGUAACAGCCAGGUGAGCAUGGACCCCUGAGGGAUCAGUACAGCACCCAAGGCAACAGAUACUGACAGACCUCCUCAGCACCAGCCUCCUCAUCUGACUUCCCAUCCAGGAAUCAUGUGCAUGCAUAGCGGUUUGUGUACGUGUAUUAACAGACACAUGGAUGGUUUAUAUACAUGCUGUCACGUUAGUUACAGAACACGAGUUUAUCUAGAGGGUUUCACUUAUAUGCACU